UGCAGUGCUUGAAACCGGUAACAGCAGUAUCUCGAUCUUCCUAUUGCAUUGAAAACAUACUUUUAGGUCAACCUUCAAAAAGUGAGAGUGUUCCAAAUAAAAGACAUAGUUCCAGUUACUUGAGACAUAGUGUCCUCCCUGUUGCUCUUAUGCCAAGCGUCCAGUGCGCCCUUUACACACACUGACAAAGGAAAGAUUAUCAACGAAGCUUAAUUGAACGAAGCACGCUUGCCGGGGUCUGUUCGGUCUUGUAUUCACGUACACAGCCCACUAGCUAUCUUGCUCUUGGCAGGGACCGACCGACCGACCCGACCGUCGAUAAACCGUACGCUGGCGUGGAGUCAAUCAAACACUUCGCACACUUCCCGGCAGACAGCCCUCGCAGCCAAAGUCCUCCACAUUCCUGUGUAAACAUUCGCGCGAACCGUUCACGCCGCACCGCGCUCUGCUUAUCAGUCCAAACGCCGGAAAGAUUGUGCCGUCCGUGAAUUGCGAAAACAGAUGUUGAGCACAGUGGCGUCCUGAGCGUGUCGAAGUGUAGAGUGUAGAGUGGUUCGGGCUUACCACACAGUCGAUUCGGGAUCGCCACAGUGCCAGUACAACAGGCGCAGAAGCGACGUAAACCCCAGCAGUGGUGCACUUCUCACAGUAUGAACUGGUGAUUUCGCGACAACAACGCGCCUCGUAGAAUAGCAACGAAAAUCUCCACCAAAAUGGGAACCGAUACAACCAUUGCGAUCGAGCGCACUAAAACGCCUUCAACUCCUCCAACGACACUCGAGUUCCGGGACAUCUGCUACCAGGUGCGCCAUAAGGAUGGACAGAACAAGCAACUGCUGAAUAGUGUGUCCGGCGCGUUUCAUUCUGGAAGGCUUGCCGGUAUACUCGGUCCUUCUGGGGCCGGAAAGUCUACUCUUCUUAACAUUUUGAGUGGAUUCAAAACGAACAAUGUCUCCGGCAACAUACUCAUCAACGGUACACCGAUCGAUCGCCGGAAAUAUCGUCGCGAGGUUUCGUACACACCGCAGGACAUAUGCCUGCUCGGUAACAUAACCGUCACGGAAAGUUUGGAGUUUGCAGCCGACCUGAAACUCUCACCCACCACCACAAUUGCCCAAAAGUCGGCGAUGGUUGUGGACGUCCUGAAGCUGCUCGGUCUCUCCAAAUGUGCCCACAAUCCGGUAGCAAACAUAUCCGGCGGUGAAAAGAAGCGUCUCUCGAUCGGGUUAGAACUGAUCUCCAACCCAUCGAUCAUGUUCUUCGACGAGCCAACGAGCGGGCUGGACAUUAUAGCGGCGAUGCAGGUCGUUGCCCAUCUUAAAGAUCUGGCCGCCAGUGGACGCUGUGUGAUCUGCGUCAUCCACCAGCCCAGCUCGAGCAUUCUGCAGAUGUUUGACGAUCUGUUCGUCCUGUCCGAGGGACACUGUCUGUACUGGGGCCCGCUGGAUGGGCUUGUCGACACGUUUAAGGCGUGCGGGUUCGAGUGUCCCAACUAUUACAACCGCGCAGACUUUGCGCUGGAAAUUGCAAGCCUCAAGCACGAGGGGAACUUGCUGCAGCUAAGAGAGCGUGCCAAGCAGCAGGCGAUAGAAGCGGUCAGCGAGAAAGUUGUCCCAAAUGAUGGACCGAACUGUGGCGAGAAAGAUGCCAUGUUGAUGCCACCGGGAGUUGUUGGAGAUCAGGAGAAUAGCACAAGCUCAGCUUCCGACCGUCAAUAUCUAACUUCUGAAUGGGGGCAGUUUGUCACGCUGACUCGUCGUACAAUGCUGUGCACAUUUCGUGAUCUUCAACUAACGAAGAUGCGGCUGCUGGCCCAUUUGUUUGUGGGAUUGUUGAUCGCGGUCGUGUUUUACGACGUCGGUAACGAUGGAUCGAAGAUGCUGAGCAAUGCGUCUUGCCUGUUCUUCUUCCUCAUUUUUGUAUUCUUCGCCAACUCGAUGCCUUUAGUCAUGACGUUCCCUCUGGAGACGUCUGUGUUUGUUCGGGAGAGAAUGAACAACUGGUACUCACUUAAGGCCUAUUACUUCUCCAAGCUAGUGGCGGACUUUCCAUUUCUGAUACUGGGUCCAUCCGUAUUCCUUGCCGGUGCGUACUACCUAACCUCCCAACCAAUGGAGCUCGAUCGCAUCGUAAUGCUGUGGAGCAUCUGUAUCUUCACCAGCUGGAUCGCCCAGAUGACGGGACUGCUGGCGGGCAGUGUACUACCACUCGAGCUGAGUGUCUUCUGCGUCCCCUGUUCCGUCAUUCCAAUGCUAAUCUUUUGCGGGUUUUUUGUCCGCUUCCGUGAGAUGUUUGACUUUCUCAUUCCGUUCACGUACGUUGCCUACUUCCGGUACAGCUUCGAGGGAGCGAUGCAAGCGAUCUACGGGUUCGAUCGUGCGAAUCUACCCUGCUCGGGUGAUUUCUGCUACUUUAGCAAGGUGCCCAAGUUUCUGGACAGCUUCGACAUGCUGGAAAACACGUUCGUGAUGGACGUUUGCGGGCUGCUCGGGUGGAUCUUUGUGCUGCACGUGGGACUGUACGCGAGUCUCGCGUGGAGACUGAAGCGAACUCGAUGUCACCGAAACAUGAGUUCGGAGGAAACGGUUGAGGUGGUCAUACCACUUGUGAAAACCAUCACCAACCUGACCUUUCGGAACCUGUCGUACAGUGCGGGGCAGAAGCAGCUGCUGCGCAACAUCUCCGGCACGCUCAAGUCUGGCCGAUUGACUGCAAUUCUGGGCCCAUCGGGAGCCGGUAAAUCGACGCUACUCAACAUACUCAGUGGCUUUAAAACGCAAGGAGUUAGCGGAAGAAUACUCAUCAACAAUGAGGCGGUGGAUUGUCACAAGUACCGCCAGCUAGUCGCGUACACCGAGCAGGAUGUACCUUUGCUGCACAACCUUACCGUACGAGAAACGCUUCACUAUGUUGCAGAUUUAAAGCUGUCGAAGAACGUUUCCUACAUCCACAAGACGAAGAUCGUGAACGAUAUCGUAGCCCUGCUGGGGCUACAGAAGUGCUCCCACAGUCAGGCGAAAACACUGUCCGGUGGAGAGCGGAAGCGACUCUCCAUCGGGCUGGAGUUGGUGUCAAACCCGAAGAUUAUGUUCUUCGAUGAACCGACUAGUGGGUUGGACAGUGUGGCGUCCUAUCAGAUGAUCUCGUACAUGAGGGAUCUCGCCCGGCAGGGCCGCUGUGUGGCUACUGUGGUGCAUCAACCCAGCUCGGAGUUGCUGGAGCUGUUUGACGAUGUUUAUGUCGUAGUGGAUGGUCGCUGUAUGUACCAGGGAUCACUAGACGACCUAAUACCGACACUGGAGGAGGUCGGCUUCACCUGUCCGCCGUACUACAAUCGAGCCGAUUUUGUAUUAAAAAUAGCGUCUCAGAGGACCGACGAUAUGGACAGCGUAGAGAAGCUGAUAGCACGGGCCGAUACUGCCAUUAAUGGAUACCUGGAGAAUGGUAGCACACACUUGGAGGAGUGUAACAACCUGAUGGCAGAGAGCAGAGCCUCCGCACAGUAUCCCAUCGCCUGGUGGCGUCAGUUUGCCGUGCUGGUACGCCGAACCGCGCUCUGUACGCUGCGAAACAUCACGCUGACCCGGUUCCGGCUGUUGGGCCAUCUGCUGUUCGGCCUGACGAUAGGGAGCGUGUUCUACGACGUGGGUGACGACGGUGCCAAAGUGUUAUCUAACGUGUCCUGCCUCAUACUCUUCCUCAUGUUUAUCGUGUUUGCGAACGCGAUGACGGUGGUGCUGACGUUCCCCCUUGAGAUGGCCGUAUUUGUGCGGGAGCACAAGAGCAACUACUACCCAGUGUCCGCCUACUACUGCUCGAAGCUGGUAGCUGACUUCCCGCUGAUGCUGGCCGGGGUGAGCUGCUUUCAACUGAUCGUGUACUACUUAACCGGCCAACCGAACGAAACGGACCGGGUCGUGGCGUUCUGGGGCAUCUGCGUACUGUUCGGAUGGUUGGCGCAGAUGUACGGCAUGGUCGCAGGCAGUGUCUUCCCCCUAGACGUCAGUCCAUUCGUGGUGCCGGCGUCCAUCAUACCGGCGGUCAUGUUUUCUGGCUUCUUUAUCCGGUACAGCGAACUGUUGGCCGCGUUUCGACCGCUCACCUACGUCAGCUACUUUCGGUACGGGUUCGAGGGGCUGGCCCAGGUAGCGUACGGGUUCAAUCGAACGCAGCUCGGGUGUAGCGAGAUGUUUUGCUACUAUCGCAAAACGAGCAAAGUGAUGGAAAUGCUGCAGAUGGAUCCGAACCGUUACUGGUACGAUGUGGCGGGCCUGUCCGUGUGGGUUGCCGUCCUUCACGUGCUGCUGUACGCGAGCCUGAAGCGUGCUUCCCGCUUCAAGAUGAGCGUAGAUAAGAACAGCAUCGAGAUAACGAUACCGCUAAUGCAGGGCGGUACGAAUCUACACUUUCAAAAUAUCGCCUAUCAAGUGCGGCAUCAGAAGGAGGACAAACUGUUGCUGAAGAAUAUUUCCGGCACUUUCCGAACAGGGCGGCUUACUGCAGUGCUAGGUCCAUCUGGAGCUGGCAAAUCAACGCUGCUGAAUGUGCUGAGUGGCUUUAAGACGCAGGGCGUUAGCGGGAACAUCAUUGUCAACAAUGAAAUCAUUGACCGGCAGCGUUAUCGACAGCUGGUCGCGUACACCGCACAAGAUGUAACGCUACUACCCAACAUAACGCUACGUGAGAACCUUCACUACGCGGCCGAUUUGAAGCUGGCAACGAACGUACCGCUAGCGCACAAGGUCGAGAUUGUGAAUGGGGUGAUUGCCCUGCUGGGGCUGCAAAAGUGUGCCCACAAUCAGUCGCAGGUGCUGUCCGGGGGUGAAAAGAAGCGACUGUCGAUCGGGCUGGAGCUGGUGUCGAAUCCGGCAAUCAUGUUCUUCGAUGAGCCUACCAGCGGGCUGGACAGUGUGUCCUCGUUCCAGGUGAUCUCGUACAUGAAGGAUCUCGCCCGGCAGGGUCGGUGUGUGAUUAGUGUGAUCCACCAGCCAAGCUCGGAGUUGUUGGAGCUGUUCGAUGAUAUCUAUGUGGUGGUGGAUGGUCGGUGUAUGUACCAGGGUUCGCUGGACGAGCUGAUACCGACGUUUGCGGAGGCUGGAUUUCACUGUCCGCCGUACUACAAUCGGGCAGAUUUUGUGCUAAAAAUAGCGUCCCAGUACGACUCCAAAUGUGCCGAGGUGGAGAAGCUGAUGGUCAAGUCCGAAAAAUCCGUCAGCGCCUCAAUGAACUUGGGCAUUCAGCGCGAGUACGAUUCGACCGAGUUUCUGGUGGAAGGACGAGGCCCCCAGUAUCCGAUCAGCUGGUGGAACCAGUUCACCACCCUAACCCGCCGUACGACACUCGGCACGGUCCGGAAUCCGCAGCUGAUGGGGCUACGCUUUUUCGGCCACGUUCUGUUCGGCUUUACGAUCGGCUUUGUGUUUCACAACGUCGGUGACGAUGCGUCCAAAGUGCUGUCCAACAUUUCCCUACUGAUCGCUUUCCUGAUGUUUAUCACGUUCGCUAAUGCAAUGACGGUUAUAUUGACAUUCCCGCUCGAGAUGGCUGUGUUUGUGCGGGAGCACAAGAGCAACUACUACUCCGUGUCGGCGUACUACUUCUCCAAGCUGGUGGCCGACUUCCCGUGGAUGCUGUCGGGGGUGACAGCCUUUCAGCUGAUCAUGUACUUUCUCAGCGGGCAGCUGUACGAGACGGAUCGUGUGUUGAUGUUCUGGGGCAUCUGCGCGCUGUUUGGGUGGCUGGCGCAGGUGUAUGGGUUGAUCGCGGGGUGUUUGUUUCCGAUCGAAGUCAGUCCAUUUAUUGUGCCGGCUUCAAUCAUUCCUGCGCUACUGUUUAGUGGGUUCUUUAUACGGUACAACGAGCUGCUGGAUUUCUUUAAGCCACUCACGCUGGUAAGCUACUUUCGGUACGGGUUUGAGGGGUUAGUGCAGGCUACGUACGGACACAACCGGACGGAGGUGGGUUGUAGUGAGAUCUUUUGCUACUAUCGCAAAACGAGUAAAAUCCUGGAAGCCCUCCACAUGGAACCGAACCGCUACUGGACGGAUGUGCUCGGGCUUAGCAUCUGGAUUGCGUUCCUGCACAUCGUGCUGUAUCUGAGCCUGCGGCUACGACUCCGAUGGAACCGUUGAGGGAUGUAGAAAGGUAGCAAAAGAAGUAGAAAAAAGAUAAAAAAGCAACCUCCAUCACAAAUUACAAAGUAAAGUUCGAGUUUUCUUCAUUGGCCUUACUACUAGUGUUACGUUGCAAAUAGAUAAUCCAGCUCUCCCAAGGGUAACGCGCACACAUGGAAUGUGUGUUCCGUCGUAGUUGCGCUGCAACAGCGCAGCACACGGGCGGUGUAGUAUUUGCGCAAGCUGCAGGAGCGAUAUUUCAUUCUGGUUAGCGUAAGCGGCAGCUAUGAAUGAAUAAUUUUGUAGAAUAUUAACCAUGUCAACGCGGGCGCAAGUCAACAACAUCUAGCGCGAAACUCGCGUUUCGUAUAAUGUGACAGAAUAAUCCCCCAACCUCCAGGUGGGUGGGGGAUGCAACUCAUGGCUAGUUGUUUAACUUGAUAAGCUAACGUUAAGCAGUCUAAGAACGGUGGCAGAUCUAUUAUGAAUCAUGCAGUUUUCUUGUGAAAAUGUGUGUCUGUGUGGGAAAGAUGAAAAACAGCAAAUAAAGUGUAUUUAUCGACCAAA